AUGAAGCAACCACAUUCCGUUUCAGAAUCCAAUCUCGGAAAUUUGAAAAUUAUUUUAAUGGAUUUUCAUCAUCAUGAAUCACCACUCUCCUUGAAUGCCUUGGAUGAUUCUUUAAAUGUUGGAAAUUUAUCUUUGAUAUACCGAUUAUUCGAAUUGUUGAAAAGAAAAUUUGAAAAUCAAGGCAAAGGCUUUUCCAAAUGGUUACAAGCCAGAGAGAAAUGGUUGAAAGAUUUGGGUAUCGAUGAUAGUUAUUGUGAUAUCAGCAUUGAAUUCAUGAAUGAUCGAGAGUGUGCAACGAAAUUUCUAAAUCAUUAUGAUGACUUUCAUUUCCCGGUUCGCUGGAUGGUACAACACAUCAACCUAUCAGAAUUGUGUGAAAAAAAUCACGAAUGGAUUGAACAUGUUGAAUUUUGGAGACCGUUCAAAACGGGCAUCAUGAAUCUCUUAAAGAACAAAAAAUUGCAAGUGUUGCAACAUAUUCCAAAAGAGAUGUUAUUUGAGUGGAUUGAUGACUUGUCAUCAAUAUUUAACAAGUACUUUAGAUUCAGUUUCAUACGUUAUAUUGAUGAAGCAAAAAAAGCACUUUCUGAAGGGUGUUGCUUAUCUCAACUCUCAGCCAUGUUAAGAGACCAUGAAGAAAUUGUGAAACAUGCUGUUAACACUAACUCAUACAACAUGUUACACGCUUCUGGACGAUUAAAACAUGACAGAAAAUUUUGUAUGGAUACAGUUCGAUCAAAUCCCCUCGCAUUUCUAACAAUUCCAGAAGAAUUUAAGAAUGACAAGGAGUUUGUUCUUGAAUUACUAGAUACUCCUAUCACGAUUCUUGAUGGAAAAAUUGAACAAGAUUUAAUUCAAACAUAUACUCCUGAAGUUUAUAUACUGGCACCGGAAAGCAUGAGAGAUGAGAUACCAAUAGAAAUCAAAAUGAAGGUUUAUCAACAGUUAUUUCUCAAAGAUGUAACGAUUGAUUAUAUUCAUAUUCAAGACGCAAUCAUGAAACAAGCGUUUCGAACGCUACACGAAUUAUCAGAUGACCAAUAUUUUGAAGCACAUAAGAAUUGUCAACGCCAUCCAUCACACCAAGGCUGGUUUAUAGAUACAACAUUUCGCUUGUUUCGAUAUCGUCACACUCUCCAACAAGACGAGGAAUUUGCGAGCAUUGUUGAGCAAGCUAUGACAAGAUUUUACAAAAAUUUUGAUCAACUUUGGAUGGAAGAUGAAGAAGUGUUUUUGCGUCGUAAAGAUUUGGCGAUCAUUUUGGAAUAUGGUCCACUAGCUUUGAGAAAGAACAGAAAUUUUGUUUUUCAAGUUGUGAAACGAGAUGCAUGUAAUCUAUAUUACGUGUUGCCUGAGUUUAGAAAUGAUCGACAAAUUGUGUUGGAAGCAGUUCGCAACAGAGGAUAUUUAUUGUAUCAAUUACUAGAUCCUUCGCACUUUGUAGUUACCGCUGAACUUCGUGAUGACAAAGAAGUAGUGUUGGCUGCUCUCCAUAGUCCAAAUCCUUGCCUUUUUGAUGACAUCCCACAAUACCUUCAAGAUGACAGUGAUUGCUUGCUGGCAAUACGAGUACAUGCACUUCAUAAUGCAUCACAACAUUUGAAACAAGAUGCCAACUUUAUUUUGAAAACUGUGAAACAGAACCCACGAUAUUUAGAGAAUAUAUUUUCAUAUAACCAUGUUAUUUUGAAUUCUGAAAUAAUUUCUGAAUAUAUGAAACGGUGUGGAAUAAUCACAGACGAUGUUAUAGAUCAUCUAUCCGAAAAAUGUUUUAAUGGACUCGAUGUGCGUAAUGUUUCAUUUGAUGAAGGUGUAAAAUUAUUUCAGAAUUUUCUAAAUCGGAGAAUGGAAUUUGCAUAUUUUGGAUGUUACAUUCCUGAAUCUUAUUUAUUGAAAGAACCAAUUAAGUUAAUUGAAGUAGAUGAUGAAAUUGAUUAUGCAUUUGAUUGGUGGAAGGAACAUUUAUUUCGAGUGAUUCAAGAAUACGCACAUACUAGUUAA